UCCAGUUGGAAAAUGUACGCGCAAUCAAACGCAUCAGAAAGCGCGUAGCAAACAAACGAAACGUUCGAAACGAAAGCUCGUGUUGACAAAAAUCAAAAAAGAAACUCCUCAAACACACACGCACGCACACACACUCACCUAUAGAAACUCGCACGUACACACACACACACACACACACACAAACAGUCACUCACACUUAUACCCAGAUGAGUCGCGUGCUGCCUUUACACACUGCCCCCCACCCACUGUGCGUGUCUAUAACGAAAAGAGCAUAAAAAUUUCCAAAAAAAAAAAAAAGUAAAAAUAAUAAAGAAGCAAAGCAAAGUAGAAAAGUUUGACAAAAGGCAAUCGAAGCAUCAAAUCAAUUUCUGUCGGCUUUUUGUUAAUUAAAGCUAAUUACUAAUUAGUCCAAGUUCUGACGACGAGUUCGGUUCGCUAACGGAAAUCUAACGUGAAGAGUGCCUGUGUUAAUAUAGCAUAAAGUUUGUAUAUACAUAUAUAUAUAACUGAAGAACGCGGCGUCUUAGCAACGCAUUCAAGUUAACGUAUUGGCCGGAAAGCAAAGAGAUACCGGCCCCGUUAAGAUUUCGGUCGUUGGCGGUGGUCGUAAAGGUUCGAAAAUUUGGCGGCGCGAGCGCAUCGAAAUGACAAAUGAUCCGGACUUAGAUGAUUGUGCAUUUCUAUCAGGUGGCGAAUCCAGCGGCGGCCGCCAGACGCGCACCGGAGUCGCCGUCUGUUCGCAGCGUCGCGCCCUUCUCGUUGCCGGCAUCGUCCUUGGAUCCCUGCUGCUGACGGCCAUUAUCAUUGCCUACGCCGGACCCCAAAAUGACUGUUCCUGUGCGGCGAAAACGACGUCUGGCUAUGAAACGGAUGAAGAAAACAACACACAGCCAUUCAAUCCGAUUGCAACGAACGGGGAGCCCUUCCCCUGGCUCGAAAAGAUGCUGCCCACCAGCGUCCGACCCAUGCGCUAUGUGGUCACAAUACAUCCCAAUCUCACGACGCUGGACGUGAAAGGUCAAGUGACUAUCGAUCUAUUCAUCGAGAAGGAUACCAACUUUAUUGUGCUGCACAUACAGGAUCUGAAUGUAACCGAGAAGGCGCUGGUUACGCCCGGUCCCAAGGGGUAUGCUCUGAAGAUAGUCAAGGUGCUGGAAUUUCCGCCACGUCAGCAAUUCUACAUUGAAGUCAAAGAGAAGCUCAAAAAGAAAUCCAAUUAUACGCUAAACUUGCGCUGGUACUCCAAGCUGAAUCCCGAGCCGGAGGGCUUCUAUGUGGAUCAAUAUGAGAGCUUCAAUGGACGGGAUCGCCUGCUGGCAGCCACAGUCUUUAGACCGAAUGGUGCACGACGCGCCUUUCCGUGCUUCGACGAGCCGCAUGUACGUGCGCCCUUCCGUGUAUCCGUUUUCCGUGAUCGCUUCCACAUAGGUCUAUCCAAUUCCAUAGUGCAUACGACAGAGGAUGUGGGCUUCUACAUGGGCACAGGCCUGUUGAGAGAUGACUUCAUUGAAACGCCUCCACUGCCGGCUGAUGCUGUUGCCUGGGUGGUCAGCGACUUUCAGCGCGAGUCGCUGCAGCCCUCGGCCGCCUAUAUACCCACUACAGUGGCGCCACCUAGCGCUGGCGGCGGCAAGAAGCCAUCUCAACUGAACAACUACACGCAACUGAAGAGCAAAAAUCCGCCCGUACGCAACAUUACUGCCUUGACUCACUCGCUGAAUGUGAACUUGACGCCCUUCCACAAUGUCAGCACCACGACGACCACAUCACUGCCCGUGAUUAUCAAUGGCAAUGGGAAGCCCUCGAAUCUGACCUCGUUGUCGCAGUCGACGGGCUCGUCCAUCAAACGUGCUCCCUCGUAUACGUUCUAUGCGCCGAGAGACCUGCUGCCGCGCUCCUCCUUCAUUCUGCACACGUCCCGAGAUGUGCUGGAGUACCUGCAGACCUGGCUGGACAUCAGCUAUCCUCUGACCAAGGUGGACUUUGUUGCGUUGCCUUCGCUGGAUCGCAAUUUGAUCUCGUCGUUGGGUCUGGUCACGUUGAAGACCGCAUUUCUCACCGAUCCCAAUUCCAUAACCACGGAGCAGUAUCAGUUCAGUGCACUGCGCAUUGCGGAGGCUAUGGUGCGUCAGUUCUUCGGCGGCAUCACCUCCCGAAAGGUGCUCAAGGACGUUUGGCUAUGGGAGGGCCUCAUUCAGUAUCUGGGCAUCCAUGCGCUGGCUCCCCUGCAGGACAGCUGGCCGCUGCGCGAGAUGUAUCUGCUGAAGAUGGCCACCACAGCGCUGGACAUCGAUGCCAUUCAGGGCUGGGACAGCAUCAUGAACGGCACUCGCCACGACGGCAACAACGAAGAGUUCUUCGUCCAGAAGACGGCCGCCAUUUUCUCUAUGCUGCACACGGCCAUUGGCGAGGAUCGCUUUCGCGGCUGCCUGGGCACCUUCCUGAAGCUGAAUCGCUUCAAGACCGCCGAGCCCACUGAUCUCUGGACCAUAUGCACCAAGAAGGCCAACGGCUCGAAGAACAUCAAGGACAUGAUGACGCUGUGGACACAUCAGCCAGGUUUUCCGCUGCUCACCGUCACCAAAAUGGGCAACAGCAUUUCCAUAUCGCAGCGACCGUUCAAGCCAGCCGACUUCUUGGCCAUACACGAUGAGUCCUACGAUGGCAACAACUACAACCAGACGCUAGUGAAUGCCACCGACAUGCCCAGCACUGUGCCGCCCACCCAUGCCAACAAGCACAAGACUGCGCCGCAUCUCAAGUGGAUUUUCCCAGUGACGUAUAUCACGGAUAUGAACAACGCCAGCGAAACGCUCUGGAUGCAGAAUGUUGAUGUUACUUUCAAUGUGCCAGAGAAUGUGAAAUGGAUCAAGGUGAAUGCCAUACAGAACGGUUAUUAUCGCGUGAUCUACAAUGAUGAGAACUGGGCCAGUCUCAUCGAAGAGCUGUCCAAUAAUCCCAAACGUUUCACCAGUGAGGAUCGAUUGGGUCUGCUGUCGGACGCGUUUACUCUGUGCCAUGCUAAUCUCUUGCCCUGUGAGAUUACGAUGAAUAUGAUCCAAUAUUUGCCCAGUGAGACGCACUACGGUCCAAUGGCAUUGGCUGUGCGACAUCUGGAGAAAUGGCGUCGCAUACUCAAGUAUUCCGAAUGCUUCCUGAUGCUCAGCGAGUUCAUCAAAAUGAAACUGUCAACGGUGAUGGAGAAGGUGGGCUGGGUGGAUGAGGGCGAUGUGGCCAUCAGGCUAAUGCGUCCAGAGGUACUGCUAGCGUCUGUGCUGUGGGAGGAUAUCGAUAGCAUAACCAAGGCCAAGAAUAUGUUGAACCAGUAUUUGUACUACAACGGCUCGGCCAUAGCGCCCAAUCUGCGUGAGGUGGUUUACACGGGCUCCAUUCUGUCCGGCGAGUAUAUCUAUUGGCAGCAUUGCUGGGAGCGCUUCAUCACGCUGCAGCGCACCUCGGAGACGUUCGUGGAGCGAAUGCAGUUGCUGCGCGCUUUGGGACGCACUAAGGAUGCCUGGCUGCAGAAUCGUUUGCUCUCACACGUCACUAUGCUGCCCACCGAGGAGGUGGUGCAGGUGCUCAAGGCCAUUGCCGGCACGCCCACAGGCGGUGCAAUGGCCUGCCGCUUCCUGCAGGCCAAAUGGUACGAGCUAGAGAAGCGUCUGGGACCGGGCACCAUUAGCUUUGCCAAAGUGAUAUCGGCCAUAACGCAAUAUGGCGCAACGAAAUUCGAUUACGAUGAGCUAAAGUCCUUGGUGCAUCGUUUUGGCCGUGGACAGGGCAUGUCCGUGCUCAAUAUGACGCUCAGCAGCGUUGCCUCCAAUGUGGAAUGGGUGGCUAGAUCUCAGACAUCGCUCUACAAAUGGGUGGAAAGUAACUUGCAUUCGCAUCGAUAGAGCGCUACGCUGCUAUAAACAAAGUAUAUAUAUAUAUAUAUAUAUAGAUCUGUAUGAAUUUUAGUUGAAUUAUGUUCUCUGGAGUGAAACGAAACUAAACUCCAUCUCUCUCUCUCUCUCUAUCUCUCAACUCAUUUGUAAUUAUGUUCCUCGAAUGACACAGACACAGAUAUACACACACACAGAUAAAGUAAUCGACGAAUUCAUGAAUUAUUUAAAGUAAUAACUAAAGUAAUAUAAUAAUUACCAUAUCAUUGCCAUACACUUGCCAUAUACAUAUAUUGACAGGGUCUUGAGAUCUCUUCAUUAGUUGUGUUUUUGCUUUGACUUCCUACUUACAAAAUUUAGUUAACAUAAAGAAAAGAAAAGCAAAAAGCAACUGUAAAUUAGGAAAACCAACACACCAAUCUCUUAUACAUAUAUAAAUAUAUAACAAAUCGGAAAUAUGCAUACUUGAUGCCAUUUUCUAUUGUCUACAACAGAACACAACAGAUAUACAUAUAUGUAUAUCUAUAUAUUGUAUAUGUAUGUAUAUUUUACAAAAAAAAGAAGAAAAAGAAAACAAAGGAACAUAGCAUAUAAGACAAAGAAGAAGACAAAACACAGAUCAACAUAUUUUUUCAGCAAAAUCUAAAAAGAAAAACUU